CUUAAUUUUAUUUGAAUAUCAUCUUUGAAUAGAUGCAUAUGAAAAAAAAUUCCCUGGAUCGCCAAGCAAUUUAAAACUUAUUCACAAAUAUUGACAAUCAAUUUAAAAUAUAGCUCUUAUCCACAAACUGUUUUCCGUUUCAAUAUAUUCCAACAUCAGAAGAGUUAACUACAAUUUUAAAUACUUUUGAAAAAAGUAAUUUUAGCAAAAAAGGAGUAUGGACCCCUUGUUAGGAAAAAUUAUUAAAUGUAGUAGUAUUUGGUGUAUGUUUAUCGAGUCGAAUGCUUCCUCAUGAUUUGGUAUAAAAAAUAUCUAUAUUAUAGAUGGUUUAAGAUUGGGAAAAGAUAUCUAGAUUGAUAAUUCAUCAUAAUUGGAAGGCAUGUAGGAAUAGGUGGCUUUAAGAAAAAUAAGCAAAAGCAAAUUGGACUUUAGAAGAAGACCAAGCCCUUAUAUAGCUAUAUAAUUAGCAUCCUAACAAAUGGUGUGAUAUUGCUAUUGAAUUAAUGAAGAAAUGUCAAACACCUUAUGCAAGACAAGGAAAGUAAUGUCGAGAUAGAUGGGUUAAUAAAUUAGACCCAAAUAUAAAGAAGUAAUAUUAAAUUAUAAUUGGUAUAGAGAUCCUUGGACUAAAGAAGAAGAGCUCUUGCUUUUUUAAGAAGUAAAGAAAAAAGGAAAGAGAUGGGCAGAAAUCUCAUUAUAAAAAUUUUAAUUAAAGAGAACUGAAAACACUAUUAAAAACCGAUAUUACAAUCUCAUCAAACAAGAACAAAAUAAACUUAAGUUGAACAGAAUGAGUAAUGAUGAAAAGGAAUAUUUUGUGAUGAAUAAAAUAGUAAAGGAACUUUAAGAAAAAGUUUAUUAAAAUUAGAAUAAUUGUCUUGAUGAUACUAAUUGGAAACAAAAUAUGAGUUCAAAUUUCAAAAUUUCUUAGUUUUCGUAACAACUUUGUAAUAAUGAAUUUCUUGUAAUAAUUAAAGGAAGAAAAUUAGUUAAGCUAAAUGAAACGUUAUGA